AUGAGCACUGUAAAAAGUUCAUUACCAGAGUUAGACCAAGAGGAACUGUCGAAGACUAACCCAUUCAUCAAAAUUGUGCAUGGUCAAACUAUUGUUGAAGUUCCGGAAUUGGAACUAGAAUGUGGAAUCACGAUUAAUAAUUUCCCGAUCGCAUAUAAGACAUGGGGAUAUCUAAACGAGGCCAAGGAUAAUGUCUUAGUUAUUUGCCAUGCGUUGACUGGCUCGUCGGAUGUCUCUGACUGGUGGGGUCCUUUACUAGGGAACGGAUUAGCUUUUGAUCCAUCCAAAUUUUUUAUUAUUUGUUUGAAUUCUAUGGGUUCGCCAUACGGUUCAUUUUCGCCAUUAUCUAUUGAUUCUUCCACUGGUGAAAGAUACGGACCUGAGUUCCCUCUUUGUACCGUUAGGGACGAUGUGAAUGCACAUAGGAUAGUAUUGGACUCACUUGGAAUAAGCUCUAUAGCAUGUGUUAUUGGUGGUUCUAUGGGUGGUAUGGUCGCCUUGGAAUGGGCUGCAAUUUUUGGUACUGAUUACGUCAAAAACCUUAUCGCUUUGGCAACAUCAGCAAGACACUCUGCCUGGUGUAUAUCCUGGUCGGAAGCACAAAGACAGUCUAUAUAUUCAGACCCGAAGUAUCUUGAUGGGUAUUACCCAUUAGAAGAGCCACCAACCGUUGGGUUAUCUGCUGCCAGAAUGUCGGCAUUAUUGACUUAUCGUUCAAGAAACAGUUUUGAAAACAAAUUUGCUAGAUCAGUUCCUUCUCAGCAACAUCAACAGAAAUCUGGCCGUUCUGAAUCACAAAAUAGUCUCACGUCAAAGAAAUUGCAAGAACUCAAUAAAGAAAUUCACAACGACGGCCAUUAUCGCAGAAACUCACCAUCAUUUGAAAGAAAACCAAGUGUAUCAUCUGUUUCCUCAUCUUGUUCUUCACCAAGGGAUUCUAAUCACUCUUUGUCAUCAUCUACAUCUACUACUUCUUUGAACAGAUUAAAGGGUUCAAAACAGGUUAAACCCGUACAAACAUACUUCUCUGCCCAAUCUUACUUGCGUUACCAAGGUGAGAAAUUCAUUAAAAGAUUUGAUGCCAACUGUUACAUUUCAAUCACCAGAAAAUUGGACACACAUGAUUUGGCUCGUGACAGAGAUGAUGAAGAUAUAACUCAUGUUCUUGGGUCCUUCAAACAGCCAACUUUAGUCAUCGGUAUCUCUUCAGAUGGACUGUUCACUUACUCUGAACAGGAAUUUUUGGCAAAUAACAUUCCAAAGGCCAGAUUGGAAAAGAUAGACUCGCCGGAAGGGCAUGAUGCAUUUUUAUUAGAGUUUAAAUUGAUAAAUGAAUUGAUUAAAAGUUUCCUUGCGACUAACUGCAAGGGCCUGGUCAGUUCAGAGGGUCGUCUUUGGCAGGACACAAGCGAAGUUGUAACAAACUCUGUGUUUGGAGAAGCCGAAGAAGUUACCAAUUGGUGA